CAGACCUUGAAUAGGUUAUUUCGCUUAUAUGUCAGUCUGAUUUCUAUAGGUUAGCGGUGUAGAAGUGCUCUAUUUUAAGGCAUAAAUAAAUUAUAAUUGAAUUAGGAAUUCACCGAUAGUAAAAUGUCCUCAAUUGACGCACCAGUAGAAAUACAAAAUUCUGAAUAUUGUAACUAUCGUUCUCCGUUAAGCACAAGAUAUGCAUCCAAGGAAAUGCAGUACAAUUUUAGUGAUCAAAAGAAGUUUUCUACUUGGAGAAAACUAUGGAUCUACCUAGCUAAAGCUGAAAAGGAGUUGGGCUUGGACAUAACGAACGAGCAAAUCGCCGAACUAGAAGGUGCCAUCCACGACAUCGACUUCGCGUGCGCAGCGGAGCACGAGAAACGUGUACGCCAUGACGUGAUGGCGCAUGUACAUGCGCUCGCGCAACGAUGCCCGACUGCUGCGCCGAUCAUUCAUCUCGGAGCGACUUCCUGCUACGUCGGCGACAACACUGACUUGAUCGUUCUUCGGCACGGUCUUGAUCUACUGUUGCCGAGACUGGCCGCCGUCAUCAGCAGGCUGUCACAAUUCGCUGAUGAGUACAAAUCGAUCCCCAUUCUCGGAUUCACUCAUCUACAGCCAGCCCAAUUGACUACCGUUGGUAAGCGAGCUUCGCUAUGGUUAAGCGAUUUGCUCAUGGACGAGCGGGCUCUCUCUCGUGCAAGAGAUGACCUUCGUUUCCGUGGAGUUAAAGGUACAACCGGCACUCAAGCAUCAUUUCUCCAAUUGUUUAAAGGAGACAGUGCUAAAGUAAAAGCCUUAGACAAAAGAGUCGCAGAACUGGCCGGUUUUGACAAACGCUACAUUGUCACCGGCCAAACUUACUCUAGGAAAGUGGAUUUAGAAAUUAUAGCGGCACUAUCUGGACUCGGAGCGACUGUCCAUAAAAUGUGUUCUGACAUUCGUAUAUUAGCUUCCCGUAAAGAAUUGGAAGAACCAUUCGAAGCUUCCCAAAUUGGAUCUAGUGCUAUGCCUUAUAAAAGAAACCCUAUGCGAUCAGAACGGUGCUGUGCCCUUGCUAGACAUUUAAUCACUUUGUACGCAAAUGCAGCGAAUACACAUGCGGUUCAAUGGUUGGAACGUACUCUAGAUGAUUCUGCCAACCGCCGUAUUACACUUGCAGAAGCAUUUUUAGCAGCUGAUGCGAUAUUAUUAACUCUACUCAAUAUUUGCCAAGGUUUAGUGGUAUACCCUAAAGUGAUUGCUCGUCAUAUCAAUCAGGAGCUGCCAUUUAUGGCAACAGAAAAUAUUAUAAUGGCCAUGGUUCAAGCAGGUGGUGAUCGUCAAGUGUGCCAUGAGAAAAUAAGAGUACUUUCACAAGAAGCUGGGGCUCAGGUAAAACAACACGGUAAAGAUAAUGAUUUGAUAGAUCGUGUCAAGAAAGACCCCUACUUUUCGCCUAUAAUAUCUCAAUUGGAGAGCAUUUUAGACGCAUCUACAUUUAUUGGUAGAGCUUCUGAGCAAGUAUCAGAAUUUAUUGAGGAAGAAGUGGAUCCAAUCAUUUCUAAAUAUACAAACACUUUAGCUGCUCUCGAAAAACCAGUUGCAUUGAAUAUUUAACUUAUUUCUUACCGCAUGUUGUAAUAAAACAAUUUUUUAUUUAAUAAAAUGAUAUAUUUACAAUUACAAUGUUUAUUUCUAUAAUUAUUUUAUUUAUAAACAUACAAAAGAUGACUAUUAUACAAGACGUAAUUCUAAAUGAACUAGGUUGUGGUAACAUUAUGUUCCAGAGAUGAUAUCGAAUACUGUGAUCGAAGCUGAAGCACAUUAAAUGAAUAAUAAAUAACUUAGAAAAAUAACAUUAACAAAACUGAAUAAAUAAAUAAGCUUAAGGAUUACAGAUAGAGAGAAUCUUUCAACAAACUUCAUGACAAUGAAUAAUGAAAAAAAGAACAAAAAUUUUUAAUGGCACGAGGAGAUUCGUUUUUGUAACAAGUGAUAGAUCUCGUUUUUAUAGAGUAUUAGUUAAUAACGUAUCACCUUGGCAAGCGGGACCUUGGCUGGGCCAGUUACACGCUCCCAGAGAUUCAUCAAAACUUAACUGAACAGGGCAGUUAAAAACGUGGAGAGUAAACCUUUGCUUAGUACAGUCCCAUCUACAUGCGUAGAAUUUAUUACAUUGCUUAGGAUGACGGAACAAACCAGCUCUUUGACAGUCUACCGAUCCUUGUAAUGUCUCGUCACGGCUUCUCCAACCUCCUGGACCAUAUCUAUCAAAUGCUUGAGAAUCUAUUGAUGAUCCUACAGAUUCUGAUUGCUUAGCAAUGACAGUAGGUGCAACUUCUUGAUUUAAUAAUACAGUUUUGUACGUUGGGGCCAACGUUACUGUUUUAACUCGUGGCCUUAUUUUGAUGAUCUUUUCAGUAGUCGAAACGUAAACUGGUGUACUUGAUACAUAGUUUUCUGAAUAUAUUCGUUCUCCUUUAGGUAACGGUGAAUCGUAACUGUUUUCUUCUUGGAAAUCUUGAUAAUAUGAAUCAUCAGGAACAAUAAUAGGAUUGAAAGUAGAUUUAAUAAUAGGGCUAGUGGUAACUGUUUCCACAUUUUGUACUCGUAAUUUAGCAGAUUUCUGUGUCCAUUCAUUAUCGCUGAUAUCUCCACGACCACUAUAAUAAUUAUCUUCACUGUAAUCGUCAAAAUCUUGUUGUGCUGGCACGUUAGGUUUCUUUCCUUUAAGGACAAGUACAGGCGAUUGACAACUACAGACAGCUCCUAAUUUUCUUACAAGUAAUGGAUUGAAAUCAUUUAUUUUGGUGACAACGGCCACUUUCGGUUUUAUUCUCCGAAUCGGUGCUGGAGUGACUUCAACUAAUUCUUGUUUAUAAGAUGGUGUUACUAUAGCUUUCGGUGUCGAAGAAUAUAUUUCACUAGAAACGACGAUGGGUUCUGUAGAGUAUACAAUUGAUGGUGAAGAGACCAGUCCAGCAUCAGGCCCAACGGUACCGAAACCAAGCAAGUUUUGUUUGGCUGUCUCUACGACUAUGUUCUGUUUUCUUAUGUAAGAACCUGAUGGAGAAGCUUUGUACGGAUUUCUUAUAUUUGAUACUUGGUCAUAGGUAUUGAAAUUUGCAACAUUUUGCGAUUCUUCCGACGGCGGCAAGUAGUCGGGUGCUUUGUACUGCGUAGUUGAUUCUACAUAUUUAUACGUCGGGUUAGUUGUACUUGAUUUAACAAUUGGUCUGUAUGUCGUUGACACUACUGGAGCUGAGGUGGUAAAACUCGCUGAUGAAACGAGUCCCGCGUCUGGGCCGACUGUGCCGAAGCCAAGUAAAUUUGAUUUGGACGUUUCGACAACAAUAUUCUGUUUCCUUUGCACUGGAGCGUAUGUAGCAGAUAUAACUUCUUCUUGAUAAGGAUUGUAUCCAAGUUUUGAUGAUUCCGUGUUUUUCAAACCAAAACUUUCAAAAUUUACCAAUUUGACUGUGUUGUCUUUUUCUUCUGUAGGUGGCAAAUAAUCCGGUGCUUUGUAUUGCGUAUUAUAGUCGACAUAUUUGAAAGUCGGUUCUUGUGUCGUAGAUGAAGGACUAUAAGUAUUUUUAGCGUUAUACCGUGGCACAGACACAGGAGGCGAGUAUUCCCUUGUAUUAGAAGUGGCGGUAUAAGUAGAUGAAACUACAGGAACUAAUGUAGACUGAAUAGGUGGUAAAUAUUCUUCAGCUUUGUAAUUUUCUUGAAUUUGUGGAGUAUCUUGGACAAGUUGUUUGUAUUUUGUGACCACUUUAGUUCCUGGGAAUGUAGAAAUAUGUACAGAUUCUUUCCUAGGUUGCGUUACAUGUGAUGUACUGAACGAGAUUUGUUGAACAGGAAUAUGAUAAUCUGUAUCUUGAGUCUGAUGAACAAUUGGUAUUGAAGCUACCUUUGGAGGAAUGUACUCGGGCGCUUUAUACGUUGAUGCUGUCGGAGGAAUGUAUUCAGGAGCCUUGUACUCCACUUUCUUUGCCUCUUCGUUAUCAGCAUAAUGAUCUUCAUAAGCUAUAGAUGAUGGCGUUGUAGACACGAAUACUACAUCCUUGUCUGAUUGUGAUUUUGCGUUAUUCUGAUGGUAUACUUGAUGUGAGACAAUGUUUGCAUCAGAAUAGAGCUUUCCAAAAUCAAGCUCUUCAUUUCUUUGUAUUUCAGGUUGGCUAUAUGAAUAACCUUCUUGACCCAAUUGUAUAGUUUGAUGCGAGAAAGACUGUUGAUAUUGAACAGGUUGACUAACAUGAGUGAUUUCUUGUUGGUGAACAAUCGGUUGAUAGUUUUCUG